GUGGGUCCGCUCCUGGUUCGCUCGUUGGCCUCGGCUCUUUGAAGAUGGGACAUACUGACAAGCACACAUACACGUGAAAGAAGCAAGGAAGAAGCAAGGAAAAAGCGAAAAAGCAGAAGAGGAAAGAAGGCCGGACUCGUCCUCACCAUCAUCAUCAUCAUCAUCAUCAUCGUCGUCGGCGGCGGCGGCGGCCCUUUGAGUUGAAACCCCAAAACACCCACCCCCAAUAUCGCCCACUACCGACCUACCCUCCGACCCACCUAGCCGCCCAUCCAACCCUCCCACCAUUUCCAUUUCCACGCCCCCAGGUGACUCAACUCAUCUUAACCAGACACGCGUUUUUGCGCUUGUCCGUAGGACCGGUGGGCGUUCUGUGACCCACCCCCAGCCCCCGGGGAGAUCUAUCCGUCCGCAUCAUCGCGGGCCCUCGGGGAUUGGCCUUGAACUUGAUCGAUCCCCAUCCCUGUGAUCCCGUUUCCCGGUUGCCACCCGCACCCAAGGCUGGAUCAGCGCCCGGGAGGGCCCAACAAACCGAGACAGCCCGAAGCCCAAACCCACCCACGAUUGAUUGAAGAAGUGGUGGGUGGUGCCACCCUCCCUCCUCUGGCCUGAGGCAGGCAUCGCUCAACCCACGCCCACUCUAGGUUGGGAGACUGUCGGUCACGUAUCCACUCCCCCCGAUGGAAGGCCAACGCCUGGCUGGCAAUGGUGGCCCUGGAUUGGUCGGCGUGAACCAUGUUAACGGUGGACCGGGUCCGGGCGGGGGAGGCGGCAGCGGCGGCCAAGGGGACGUGCCGGAGUUGGAGGUACUGUGUAAGCAGCUCUACGAGUCUCAAGAUUCGCACACGCGCACCCAAGCCGAAAAAGCCUUAGUCACAUUCCAAAACAGCUCAUCGCCCGAUUGCUUGAAUCAAUGUCAAAUGUUGUUGGAACGUGGCAGCUCGCCCUACUCGCAGCUCUUGGCCACCACGACCUUAACCAAAUUAAUCAGUCGCACGGCCCAAGUAUUGUCGUUGGCGCAACGAGUCGAUAUCCGCAAUUAUGUCUUGUCUUACCUCUACAACCAACCCAAACUGACGCCGUUCGUGGUCCAAGGUUUGGUCACAUUAUUUGCCCGGAUCACCAAGUUGGGUUGGUUUGACACCCAAGACGAAGACUUUGCUUUCCGGAAUGUCAUCACCGAUAUCCAUCGCUUUCUUCAGGGCAACGCCGACCAUUGCAUGAUAGGUGUGCAAUUGCUCUCCCAGUUGACCUGCGAGAUGAACCAGAUCAGUGAGGCCGAUGCCAACCGAUCCCUCACCAAACACCGCAAGAUUGCUUCCUCAUUUCGAGACACGCAGCUCUUUGCUAUCUUCCAAUUAGCGUGCCAGCUUUUGCGCACCGCUUACGAAAGCCGGAAAAAUCUCAAUUUUAACGACGAGUCACAGCACGAGUUACUGAAGCAACUCCUUCGUCUGGCUCAUAACUGUCUCACGUUUGAUUUCAUCGGGACAUCUACGGACGAAUCUUCAGAUGAUCUCUGCACGGUCCAGAUUCCCACGUCUUGGCGGCCUGCAUUCUUGGAAGUGAGCACAUUGCAGUUAUUCUUUGACUUAUAUUCGUCGCUUCCGGUGAGUUUGUCCCCUUUGGCCUUGUCGUGUUUGGUCCAAAUUGCAUCCGUGCGCCGGUCACUUUUCAAUAACGCCGAGCGAGGCAAGUUUCUGAACCAGCUUGUGACCGGUGUUCGGGAGAUUCUUCAGAGUCCUAACGGCCUUCAAGACCCUAACAACUAUCAUGAGUUCUGUCGAUUACUAUCCCGGCUCAAGUCAAACUAUCAGUUGGGUGAAUUGGUGACCGUGGACAAUUAUCCAGACGCCAUUCGCCUGAUGGCCAAGUUCACCGUGGAGUCCCUUCAGAUGUGGCAGUUCGCACCCAAUUCCAUUCAUUACCUUCUUUCGUUGUGGCAACGCAUGGUGGCGUCUGUGCCUUACGUGAAGGCCGCCGAACCCCAUCUUCUGGAGACUUAUACACCCGAAGUCACACAAGCCUACAUCACGUCUCGUCUGGAGUCAGUGGCAGUUGUGAUCAGAGAUGGAUUGGAGGAUCCCUUGGACGAUAAUGGGAUGGUGACCCAACAACUGGAUCAGCUCUCGGUGAUAGGCAGAUGUGAGUACGGAAAGACUUGCCAGCUUCUUGUGCAACUCUUCGACCAAUCCGCUGCCUCAUAUCAAGAAAUGAUCGCUAGUGCUAACACCACGUCCAAAUUAGACGUCACCGUUCAAGAGGGUCGAUUGACUUGGUUGGUGUACAUCAUUGGAUCGGCAGUGGGCGGUCGAAUUUCAUUCAAUAGCAACGAUGAGCAUGAUGCCAUGGAUGGUGAGCUAGUUUGUCGUGUCCUACAACUCAUGAGGCUCACUGACAGUCGUCUAGCGCAACAAGGGUGCGAGAAACUGGAAUUGGCGCUCAUGAGCUUCUUCGAGCAAUUCCGAAAAAUUUACGUGGGAGAUCAAGUGCAAAAGACCUCGAAAGUGUAUCGAAGAUUGUCCGAUGUUUUGGGAUUGAAUGACGAGUCCAUGGUGUUAUCCGUGAUCAUCCGGAAAAUCAUUACUAACCUGAAAUACUGGGGUAGCUCCGAGCAAAUCGUUUCCAAAACCCUUCAGCUUCUCUCGGAUUUGAGUGUGGGCUAUGGAACGGUGAGGAAACUUGUGAAACUAGAAGAGGUGGGAUUCCUCCUAUCCCAUCACACGGCCGAGCACUAUCCUUUCCUAGGAGUUAACGUCUCCGUCACAGAAAUGAGAUGCAGGUCCAUGUUUUACACAUCUUUGGGCCGGUUACUCAUGGUGGAUUUGGGGGAAGACGAGGAAAAAUUCGACCAAUUCAUGAUGCCGCUGACGCAGGCCUUCGAGACCUUAGGUCGGGUCAUGAUGAGCUCCAACUCUGGGUACAACUCAGAAGAGGUUCGAAAGUCUGUGAUUGGUUUGGCUCGAGAUUUGCGUGGCCUGGCACAUGCAUUUAACACCAAAGUGUCUUACAUGAUGCUUUUCGAGUGGAUCUAUCCCCAAUAUACGCCCAUAUUGCAAAGGGCGAUGGAAAUUUGGUUCAGUGAUCCACACGUGACCACGCCCGUUUUGAAAUUAUUCGCUGAGCUGGUUCAAAAUCGAUCCCAGAGGCUGCAAUUCGACGUGUCAUCGCCUAAUGGCAUUUUGCUCUUCCGCGAGGCCAGCAAAAUCAUUUGCACAUACGGAAGUCGAAUUUUAAAUGUGAACGUACCUAAAGAACAGAUAUAUCCUGGCAAACUCAAAGGCAUCAGCAUAUGCUUCUCCAUGCUCAAGGCAUCCUUAUCUGGGAACUACGUGAACUUUGGUGUGUUUCGUCUGUAUGGUGAUGAAGCUCUCGAUAACUCUCUGAAAACAUUUGUCAAGCUUCUGCUUUCAGUCCCGCAAUCUGAUUUGUUGGAUUAUCCCAAGCUUUCACAGACUUACUACUUCCUUUUGGAAUGUCUCGCCACAGACCACAUGAGUUUUCUAGCCACGAUGGAACCCCAGGUGUUCCUGUACAUCUUGUCCUCGAUCUCCGAAGGUCUCAAUGCCAUAGACACGAUGGUUUGCACUGGAUGCUGCGCCACUCUUGAUCAUAUCGUCACCUAUCUCUUCAAACAAGUCACUUCGAAAGGGAAAAUUCGUCGUGGUCAGGUGAUACCGGAUAAUGAUGCGCUGGUUCAAGUGAUCAAAGUCAGGCCUGAACUUCUUCAGCAGAUGCUUUCGACCGUUUUGAAUAUCAUUAUGUUCGAGGAUUGCCGCAACCAGUGGUCCAUGUCGAGGCCUUUACUGGGCCUUAUCCUGCUAAAUGAAGAGUACUUUGAACAACUCCGAGACCAAAUCAUUCAAGCCCAGCCUUCAGACAAGCAAACAGCCAUGGCCACGUGGUUUAAGAACCUGAUGGAGGGCAUUGAACGAAAUCUGCUCACGAAGAACAGAGACAGAUUCACUCAAAAUCUUUCGGUGUUUCGACGUGAUAUCAAUGAUUCGCUCAAGGGCCCAAACGUGACAACAACCACUGUGAACGAUAUGAUGACAUCUUGAAGAAGCCAAGCGGACGGAAAUAAUGUCGAUAUUUUUAAUGAGGCCACCUGUUGUUGUUCCUCGUUAAAUGUGGUAUGAGUGUGAGUGUUGCCUGCCUACCUGCCCAUCUGAUUCAACGGCUGAUUGUCUAUAUUGGUCUUGCUUGUUUGUCGAUCGUGUUAAUUAAUCUCGUUGUUCCGAGAAAUUCCGUAUUGAGCAUCCAUCCAAUCCAUCCAUCUAUCCAUCUAUCUAUCCCACUUUCUCUCUCUCUCUUUCCUUCCUGGGCGCUAUUGAAAUUGUGCUGGCAUUAUUACUCGAUAUUCUUGACGCCGAUGCUUCAUUCCUUUGUGUUUCGGACGAUGUGGCUGUGAUUCUGAAACAUGGACGAGAAAACUAUCAGUCAAAAGAAGCGCUCAACGUGGGACAGCGUCUUACGAUCUAUCAACCUCUUUAUCGGACGGACACACAACAUCGUGGGGGUGGACAUCAUUCAGCUCACUGGAGGCGUUAUCGCCUACACCCACACAAAUGCAAAAACGCUUCGACCACGAUUGCAUUCCUGUCGAGAGAGACAGACUUAUUUUUAUAUGAUUUAUUCCCGAGCCAUUAAACAGCACACCCUGCACCGGGAGACGGUUGCUCGAUCCGAACUCGUCUAGGAGCGUACAUACUGUAAGUCAGCGUCGCCUUUGAGAUGGCUCUGUCCACUAGUCCCUUGUUGACGACUUAAAUUUGACCGAAAAAGCACAAGGAUGAUGAAAGAAUAAUUUUGAGCCCAUUAUAUUCUAAACAUUAAGUGCGAGUGGAUGUUAUUGGAUUUCACACAAGUAAUAAACGCGACCCAGGUUGAUGGUUUCAC